AUGGCAGUCUCUGUCCAAGGUCCAUUCAGCUCCAAGUCCAGUCCCUGGAGUAUGGCCGAUUUACCACAUCACAACUUCCCAAGAGGAAAUCCAAAUCAGAUAUCCCCAAUGGCCUACCCAUAUCAUACCAUGAAUCAAGGUCUCGACCAAAAUAUGAUGCCCAGUUACGAUCAUCAUAUGGAACCAAUUCGAUCUCACUCACCUUUACAUGGACAAGGGCCAUCUCCAUCUACCCGGGAACUUGAAGCUUCUUCCUUAUCAAAAGCGACAAAAGAAUCCAAAGCAAAACGAUCAAUGUCUACUCCAAAUAUCAGAACCUCUAACAAUACUGAUGCGGCUGCCUUGGCCUUGGUUAAUGAUAAGAGAAGAAACAAAUUAGGUUAUCAUAGAACGUCGGUAGCUUGUGGUCACUGUCGUCGACGCAAGAUUAGAUGUAUACCAGCUCCAGCAGAUCCUCAGAAUCGAUGCUCAAAUUGCAUUAGAUUAAAAAAGGAAUGCAAUUUCUAUCCAGUCGACCAGCAACCUCAGCCAGAACCUAAGCGUCGAGGCUCCAAAGCCCCAAGUGGAACUGGAGGAACCUCUCAAUCAUCUUCACCGUCAAUUCCAUCUAGCCAGAUACCCGACAUGCAGCCUAAUCUUCCUUACCAUCUAAGCAUGCCAUCAAUCCAGAACCUAGGAGGAUCUCAGGUCAAAAAAGAAAGGAACGAAAGCUUUUCUCCCGAUAACAAGGUCGUAACUUCAUCGCGUAAUUUUGACUAUAACGGUGGUCAAACAGCUUGGAUGGCACCAGAAGUCUCUCCAGGUACCAAACCUCCAGCAGACAUGUCUGGAAAUUACUGGCCUGCCUCCCAAGAAUCUCCAAUGACUCCAGGGUUCUCACCUUACACCACCCCUAACAUGCACCUGGCCAAUGCGCAAAACUGGCAAAGCAGAGGCCACCAUGGUCAACCAGAAACAAAUCCAAGAGAGCCGGAAUGGCCAGCACCACAGCGAUCUGUUUCGUAUAGCAACUUGGAAGGAAUGCAGAACAGCCAUCAGCAUUCCGCUUAUGGACUUCCUAACCCGUCGGAUUCAUACGCUGCUGCGAGAACCCGUGCUUCUAACGGUGCAAUAUAUCCGCCAAACAUCACAACUACACAUCCACAUUCCGCCGCCGAAAUCUCAUCCGCGUCAACAAUUGGAACAGCCUACACACAUUCUGCAACUCCAAUGUCGGCGGGACCUUACACAGGCUGGAAUCAACCGUAUACUGGCGGUUAUGCGAAAGUCUCACCUGGAGUUGAUACAUAUGCUUCUUGGAAUGGUGCUCAAGGAGGACAGCGCAUUGUAGAAGAAGAAGAAAGUGUGGGAGGAUAUAGCGGAUAUAGCAGUUCUGGAGGCGGGGUCUAUUAUGCUGGCCAGCCACAUGCAGCAGGCCGUUAG